AAGUAGUAUUUGACUCUUUCUCUCAGGAUCUCUCCUCAGGUUGGGCGAGUGUAUGGACUCAUACUGGCAGCAGAAGAAGCUGAUGGCUCCAGGCUGUGAGCCGGCGGCAGUGAGAUCCAUGAUGAACGCUCUUCAGCCGCUGAGUUUAGGACAGAGUCUGGCAGGAGCAGGAGGAGGAGGAUUCCUGUUCUUACUCACCCGUGAGCCUCAGCAGAAGGAAACAGUGACAGAGAUUCUCACAAACAUACAGGGCAUUGGUUCCUUCAGUGUUCAUUCAGUGGAUCUGGAUAUGGACGGGAUCUCAGUGAUUCAGAAGAGCUCUGAACAUCCUGAACAACACAAAUCUGACUGCCUUAAAUAACAAUUAAACUGAUGUUGCUUCUGUGAAUAUAACAUUUGUUUAAUAGA